UAGCAGCAGAUCCAGCAGUAGUAGCGGUAGCAGCAGGAGCAUCGGAGCGCCAAGCCAAGCACGAUUUGAACGGAUCGCGUGCAGUUUGAGUAGCACGCGGAUGUCUUGCAAGCAAUGACUGCCAAAUCCAACAAGCGAAACAGUGAGCCAAGGAGAGCUAACAAACCACUGAUGGAGAAGCGACGACGUGCAAGAAUCAAUCAAAGUUUGGCUGCUUUGAAGACACUUAUCCUAGACAGUGCCAAGGCGGACAACACAAAACAUUCCAAGCUCGAAAAAGCUGAUAUACUAGAAUUAACAGUCCGGCACUUCCAGAGGCACCGCAGCCUGGACACAGCCGGCGUCCAACAAUACAGAUCCGGAUAUGCGGAUUGCGUGAAAGAAGUUCAAAGAUAUUUGGAAACGCCGGACGCACACACGAUGACCGUCAUGGAAACCGGGGUCAGACAAAGACUUCUGCGGCACUUGGAUAAUUGCAUAGCCGAAGUUGACACCGACCUGAAACCGCAGCAACAACAGAACUCACCACCGGAAGAGCGACUCCAAUUACCGGCAGACUCGAGUACGCCGCCAGAAGAAGUGAACAACAACGCCAAUCAAGGCCCCGAACAACAACAAAACCAGAACCUCGAACUUCCAACCAAAAUGGUUAAAACCUACGACGGAAACUUUGUUUUCGUGCUGCCCUCGCAUUACUUACAAUUAGCGAACGCUUUAGGCAUUAAUUUGCGGCCGCAAGUGGAGAAAGAAGUUCAAGAGGAAGAGAGCGCCCCGAGUAAUGAGCACGAGAGACCAUUGGACUACAGUAAAAACAAUGAUGAUGAAGAUGUCCAAAUGAAAGAGAAUAUGUGGCGACCCUGGUAAUUUACAUAAACAACACAACAACAAAAAACAAAGAUAGUGGGGAACUGAAUUCGACUGUUUCGUUUUGGUGCACAUCAAUGUAUGGAAUAAGCGGAUAUCCAAUUCAAAAGAGACUGCUACAUCCUGAAUGAUAAAUUGUACAACUUUAUCUCAUGGACCUUACUAUUCAUAUAGAGAAAUAAUUCAUUUAAAUGUACACAAAAUAUCGCAAUUCGCCAAAAAAAAACUUUAUAAUUGUUAUAAGUUAUUGCAUAUUUACGACUCUAUCUAUAG